GUUUCGAACGUUAGCCGCUGUCGAUGCGACAGUCUUUGGCCCACAGUGAGCGCAAUCCCCAGCGAUCGUGGACUCUUCUCUUCCACCAAUAUUUCAAUUUUCUGUUCACUGGUGAGAAGACGGCACAAGUUGAAAGUGAGUGAAUUGUCGGGGAGAAGAUGUGGUCAUCACCCACGAGCCCCUUUCUGGGCCGGGGCGGGAGCACGCGAUCAUCAGCAGUGCUUCUUGUAUUCGUGAUCCUGCAUGUCCUCUCAUCUGUGGACGCACAUAAGAGGGAAUGCGAUUGCGACGGAUUGAAGGGCGCCAUGGGGAAGAUGGGGCCACCUGGACUGUCUGGUCAGGAGGGUCCUCACGGUGACGUCGGACCUCCGGGGCCACCCGGAAGACCAGGAGACUAUGGAGAUCACGGCGAAUUGGGCAUGAUUGGCGAGAAGGGAUUCCGAGGUGAGAAAGGAAUGCAAGGAUACUACGGAAUUCCUGGCUAUAAUGGCACUCAAGGAGAGUCCGGUGAUCGUGGUCCACGCGGAUUGGAUGGAUGCAACGGCACGGAUGGCACCAUGGGCUUUGGUGGCAUGCCCGGUAACCCAGGAGUGCGAGGACCUCCAGGAGAGAGUGGCUUGACCGGUCCGAGGGGAGAUGCUGGCGAGGGUGGCAUUAACUCAAAAGGCACCAAGGGAGAUCGCGGUGACUCUGGAUAUGAUGGACGACCAGGAGACAGGGGAUAUCCUGGAGAGUUGGGCAUGAAGGGCUACCAAGGAUUGCCAGGAUUUGAUGGACAUGACGGUGAAUUGGGCGACAAAGGUGAGCGAGGAGAUGACGCUAGAUUAGAUGUACGGGCUGUUCCCGGCCAGAGAGGACCUCCUGGAGAGUCCGGAGAGAAGGGUGACAGUGUGGUGCCUUUCCGGCGCAAGAAUGAGACUGUUACCAAGGGAAUUGUGGGCGAGAAGGGUGACAAAGGUAUGUUGGGAGAUUUUGGCCCGAGAGGAAGUGAGGGUCGUCAAGGAUGGGCAGGAGAGCAGGGCAUCAAGGGAUAUCGCGGAGAGGAAGGAGAGCAGGGAGAUCGUGGCAAGAGCGGAAAGGAUGGUCUUCCGGGAUCCUCAGGAGAAAAAGGACACAAGGGAGCUCCGGGAUAUGCCGGCUACGAUGGUGCUGAUGGCCGUAAAGGAGAGCCAGGAGAGCAUGGACAUCAUGGUAUGCCUGGUGUGCAAGGUCCUGCCGGUCCAAUGGGUGAAUACGAUCCGAAUUUGGACGAGCGACAUCCUGGACCACAAGGUCCUCAAGGAGAGAUUGGCCCAGUGGGAGAGAGAGGAAUGAAUGGAAUUCCAGGAGAACCCGGACGUCGAGGACUUACAGGUCUGGCUGGCUUACCCGGAGAUCCCGGAACUCCGGGUCCACGGGGAAGAAAAGGAGGCUCCGUGAUGGGACAGCAGGGAGAUUUUGGAGAGAGCGGACCUCCUGGGCCCAUUGGCCCGCCUGGGGAACCAGGUCCGCCUGGCAGAAUGGGCCCUAAGGGGUUUCUUGGGAGAAACACAUACGGUCCCAAGGGACCGCCUGGAACCCCUGGAUUCGAUGGAAAAUUCGGAUUUCAGGGCGAUCGUGGUGAAUCUGGACUUCCUGGGCGCAAGGGUUUACCGGGAAUAGGAGUCAAUGUCACUGGUCCGAUGGGCGUGAGUGGUUUGCCAGGGAGACGCGGCGUUCCUGGAGAUGAUGGAUUUGACGGAAUAACUGGACUGAAGGGUGACAGAGGUCUGCGUGGAGAAGACUGUGGACGCUGCGCUCCAGGAGCACCAGGAAGGAAGGGUCUUACAGGAGAUGCUGGUCGACCAGGAUUCCCAGGAGCACUUGGUCGCAAGGGCUUCACGGGGCCUCGCGGAGAGAGAGGAGUAACGGGUUACCAAGGAUUGAAAGGAAGGAAAGGUGUCGAAGGUCCUGCAGGAAGUCCUGGCGAAACUGGAAGACCAGGUGCAAAGGGCACACCAGGAGAUGUGCUUUUCGAAGGCACUCAGGAGAAUCCCGAUAGAGGAGAUGACGGUGAGGAGGGAUAUCCUGGAGAAGUGGGACCGCCUGGCAAGUCUGGAGAGGCUGGAAUGCCAGGAAGAUUUGGACAGCGUGGCGAAAAGGGACUGCAAGGCUUAGAUGGAAUUCCCGGGUUGCCGGGCAGAGACGGAUCUCCGGGAAGAGAUGGGCUCGAUGGACGACCCGGAGAGAACGCAAACAUUCCCAUCUACUUCCUCCAAGGCGAGCGUGGAUUGGAAGGACUCUGGGGGCAGAAAGGUGACCAAGGUGUUCCUGGCGCUCGAGGCGAAGAUGGAGAUAUCCCUGCUCUGAAUGUGACGGAGGCGAAGGGUGAUAGAGGAAUUCCCGGAGACUUUGGUGAGCAAGGACUGGAUGGCAGGAAAGGAUGGCCGGGUCUAUCAGGAGCUCCGGGAUUGCCAGGUCCUGAUGGAGACAUCGGCCAGCCCGGCAUAUCAAUCCAGGGACCCGAGGGCUUCAAGGGUUAUCCAGGAAUUAUUGGUGAUAUGGGUCCAGCAGGACAGCCUGGCAUUCCUGGUACUGACGGCUUAGCAGGAGAACCUGGCUUCCCCGGAUUGAAGGGCAGCCGAGGUGAUCCAGGCCGAUCUAUCCUGUUCGGCGAAAUGGGACAAGACGGAGAUAUUGGUCCGAUCGGUCAGCCUGGAGAUCGUGGAUUUCCUGGAUUGCCUGGUAUACGAGGACUUCCUGGAAUUAAAGGCGUGAAAGGCGGCAAAGGCGAUGAUGGUUUGCCUGGCCAAGUGGGAAUUACUGGAGUUCCUGGACAACGCGGUGAAAUUGUUUUCGGCCGAAGAGGUUUACCUGGAGAGCCUGGACGGGAUGGACUGCCAGCAACUUACGGUGAUAAGGGCGCUCGUGGAGAUCCGGGAUAUCAGGGAGCGAUUGGUAUCUUUGGAGCCAAAGGUGAAAUCGGAGCGCCUGGCUUCUCAGGACUACCUGGUGACGCUGGGCUGCCAGGAGAUCCUGGAUUCAUCGGAACUCCAGGAUUUCGUGGACUCGAUGGUGAACCAGGAGACAGAGGAGAUCCAGGAAACCCAGGACGGUUUGGAUAUCCUGGGCGGCCGGGAAAUAUGGGCCAACCUGGUCUGAAGGGUGAAGUUGGUAAUAUGGGAAUGACGGGAGCCAGAGGACGUCCUGGUAGAGAUGGAUUCAAAGGAAUGAGGGGAGACUUUGGGCUGAUGGGAUUACGCGGCCCGAAGGGAGAGCCUGCCUUUAGUGGUGUGAAGGGAGAGACUGGAAUGCAAGGCGCAGUGGGAUUCCCUGGAAUUCCUGGACAGCCCGGCCUGGUUGGUCUGAAGGGUGUUGAAGGAGACGCUGGCGUGGUGUACGAUGGAUAUCCAGGAGAGAAAGGCAUUCCUGGAGACUCUGGUCGGGAUGGCAGAGAUGGAUACUUUGGCUCGAAGGGCGAGAGAGGAGAUGCUGGAGAAAUUGGCCUGAUUGGCGAAACAGGAGAAGCCGGUCCUGCCGGACGACCUGGCUUACGAGGUAUUAACGGAAGGAAAGGCAUGGCUGGAUUAUAUGGAGUGGUAGGACUUUCUGGACUUAAGGGAGAAGCUGGAGACGUGGGCGAGAGUGGAUAUCCAGGUCUCACUGGCUUACCUGGUGAUGCAGGAGAUCCGGGUCAACCUGGACUUUUUGGACUACCUGGACAGAUGGGAGACAAGGGUUUCCCUGGUAUUCCUGGAAUUGUCACUCCUGGCAGAGCUCAAAAGGGCGAACGAGGAGAGAGAGGUCCUCAUGGAAUGCGUGGUCCAUACGGAGAAGAGGGCAUAAAGGGCCCAUCGGGACUGCCGGGCUUUAAGGGCGAGAGAGGAGACUUUGGAGAGCCCGGAUUACCAGGACCGGAUGGUUUCACAGGCAGAAAAGGCAUGAUGGGAGACAGAGGAUUGAGAGGACCGCGUGGAAUGCCGCUGUCAUUUGUCGAGCCAGGAGAACCGGGAAUUCCUGGCAUCGAUGGAUUUCCUGGAAGACCUGGGCGUGUUGGCCCUAAAGGCGUUCCUGGCGAUUACGGAGAUAAUGGUCCACCAGGAGCCAUUGGUCUUCCUGGCGAUAGUUUCGACGGUGUUAAAGGCUUGCCUGGAGACUUUGGAUUCGAAGGUCCACCUGGACGACCAGGAUUGCCAGGCUUGCGCGGUGCUAUGGGAUACAGAGGAGAGACGGGAUUCAAGGGAAUUCAAGGUGAUGCUGGCUACAGCGUUCCAGGAAUUCGCGGAGAACUCGGCGAUCAAGGCUUUGCAGGGCCGCCAGGAUUGAAUGGAGCGCCAGGAAUGCAGGGAACACCUGGAAUGCAAGGGUUCCCUGGUCCUCGAGGCCCAAGAGGUCCUCGAGGUCCUGAGGGCGAUUCGGGCUGGAAUGGAAUCGAUGGAGAUGAUGGAAUUCCCGGUCUGCGAGGCGACAGAGGUGACUCCUUUAGAUAUGAAUUGGCCAUCGUUGGAGAUCCUGGCUUUGACGGCUUUCCUGGACGCAAAGGAGUGCCCGGAGACAUGGGAGAAAUCGGCUGGACGGGCGUGAUUGGUUUGCGUGGACUGAAAGGAAUGAUGGGCGACCAGGGAAUUCCUGGCUUUGGUGGAUUGGAGGGCAUCAAGGGUGAGAAAGGUUUGCCUGGACCUCGUGGAUUGAAUGGUCUGGAUGGAUACCGAGGAGUGCAGGGAGAGAGAGGAGAUCCUGCUCCUCCGCCACCGCCAAGCAGAUCCAGGGGCUUUGUCUACACUCGGCACUCUCAAUCUGUCCACAUUCCCGAGUGUUCAGUCAACACUGUGAAGCUCUGGGACGGAUACUCACUGGCCAGCGUGAUUGGAGGCAGUUACACAGCCGGUCAGGAUCUGGGUCUGCCCGGAUCCUGCCUCAGGAGAUUCUCUACCUUGCCGUUCCUGUCCUGUGACAUUAAGAAUGUGUGCAAUUACGGCAAUCAGAAUGAGGACAGUCUGUGGCUGGCCACCAGCGAGCCCAUGACCUUCUCCAUGGCGCCCAUCCCUGCGCGCGAAGUGGAGAAGUACGUCUCCAGGUGUUCCGUCUGCGAGAGCAGAACCCGCGUGAUUGCCAUGCACAGUCAAUCCAUGAGCAUCCCGAACUGCGCCAGUGGAUGGGAAGAACUUUGGGUCGGUUUCAGUUACUUCAUGUACACUUCUGACAACACCGGAGGAUACGGGCAGGAUCUUCUGUCGCCUGGCUCGUGCCUUGAGGAGUUCCGGCAGAUGCCGGUGAUCGAGUGCAGUGGCGGACAAGGAAGGUGCAAUUACUAUGACCAACUCACUUCCUACUGGCUCACAGUCAUCGAGGAUGGCAACAUGUUCAAGAAGCCCGAACAGCAGACCAUUAAGAUGGACCAGUCGUCUAAAGUCAGCAGGUGCGCUGUUUGCCGCAAGAUCGACUUGUCUCCACGACCUCGUCCUGCCAAUGACUUCCCAGACGCCUCAGCUCUGCUGAGGCCGGAGGAGAGAGUGCGCCAACCAGUGCAGACUCCGCCUAGGAGACACAGGUUCAGGCGGCCAGGGUACAACAGGAGGCAGUGGCGACAGCAGUAAUUUAGCCCCUAUCGAUUAAAGCAAAUUAUGCAUCCCGACAUUUGAUAGAAGAGAGAAUUUAACUUAAAAUUAACCCUGCAAGCGUGCCUAGGCCAUGUUUGCGAAGGUGAUAAAUGUACGUUGAAACCAAAAAUGAAUAAGAAAUUGUUCUCUGUUGAUUAAUAAGCUAUAUAUGUAUAUACAUAAACGAUUAAUUUACUAUCCUUUUUCGCGCUUGUCACCCAUUCACGUAUGAGUUCUCUUGAUUACCACUGCCUAAAAGUAUCAUUUUGUACGAGCCACAGAGAAAAGAAACCGAGAACACGUGUACUUCAAUGUGUAAGAGUUUUAAUAAACACGAAUGGAAGAAUUUAUAUAUUUUCCACGAUAU